AUUAAAUCAGAAAAACAUUAUAAGACAUUAUUAAAAAAAUAUAAUUGAAUUAACUAUAAAAAGCAAGAGUAACGGUGAACCAUCAUUAAAAACAUUAUAUAAAUAUGGCUCUUACAAAUAUAUCUGGUAUUCCCGAUAAACAUUGGCAACCGCCAUUUGUAGCAUUUGAAACAACCAUGGGUGAAAUAGUAAUUGAACUUUAUUGGAAGCAUGUACCAAUUACAUGUAGAAAUUUUGCUGAACUUACACGACGUGGAUAUUAUAAUGGAACGAAGUUUCAUAGAGUUAUUCGAGAUUUUAUGAUACAAGGUGGUGAUCCUACUGGAACUGGGAAAGGUGGUGUAUCUAUUUAUGGAGAAUGUUUUGAUGAUGAAAUUCAUGAUGACUUAAAACAUACUGGUGCUGGUGUUAUUUCCAUGGCCAAUUCAGGACCAAAUAGUAAUGGAUCACAGUUUUUUAUUACAUUAGCACCUACACAAUGGCUUGAUGGAAAACAUACAAUUUUUGGAAAGGAAUCAACUUCACAAUUUCUCACAAGAAUAUACAAUGAAUAUAAGAACGAGCCUAUGAUUGGAAUAUUUUCAAAAAAUAAUCCUGCUUUAAUUAUUAAAGAUCCUGAUCUCAUAAAAACCGUUUUAAUUAAAGAUUUUCACAAAUUCGCAAAUCGAGGAUUAUUUCCAGUUAAUUCAAGAGAACCACUCUCCCAGAACCUCUUCGGCCUAGAAGCAGAAAGAUGGCGGCCAUUAAGAAUACAUUUUUCACCAAUAUUUACUACUAGUAAACUUAAAGGACUUUGUUCCUUAAUUCUCGAAUGUUCUGAACAACUCGAAAAGUAUAUGGAUAUUUUAAUAAAAAAAAGAGAACCUCUCGAUGUUCGAGAAAUUGCUGCUAGAUUUACUACUGAUGUUAUUGGAAGUUGUGCUUUUGGAAUAGAGAUGAAUUCAUUAUCGGAAAAGGAGAGUGAAUUUCGUCGUCUUGGAAAAGGACUUUUCACUCCAACUUUCCGAAGAAUAGUGAAAACUAGGAUAAGAAAUUUAAUACCAUGGCUGUACAAUUUCUUUCUUCGUAUAUUGCCAUGGGACGAAAUCACGAAAAAGAUCGUGAAAUUGACGAGUGAAACAAUAGAAUACAGAAAGAAGAACAAUAUCGUUAGAUCUGAUUUUAUCAAUAUACUUUUAGAUCUUAAAAGACAUCCUGAAAAGAUUGCUGAGAUUGAAUUAACGAACGAUCUAUUAAGCGCUCAAACUUUUGUUUUCUUUGGGGCUGGUUUCGAGACUUCUUCAACGACAAUUAGCAAUGCUCUUUACGAGUUAGCUUUGAAUCAUGAUAUUCAGAAUAAGUUGCGGGAGGAAAUUAAAGAAUUUGAAAAGAAAAAUGACGGAAAAUGGACAUAUGAAAACAUAAAAGAAAUGCAAUAUUUAGAAAAAAUUUUUCAAGAAACUCUAAGAAAAUAUCCAGUUGUGCCAUUUUUGAACAGAGAGUUAAUAAAUGAUUAUACUUUUGAAAAUAGUAAAAUAAUAAUUCCCAAAGGUUUAAAAAUUUGGAUACCCGUUUAUGGCAUUCAUCACGAUCCAGAUAUUUAUCCAAAUCCAGAAAAGUUUGAUCCGGAAAGAUUUUCAGAAGAUAAGAUAAAAAAAAGACAUCCUAUGCAUUAUUUACCAUUUGGACAUGGACCAAGAAAUUGUAUUGGUGCACGAUUUGGAACAUACCAAACAAAGAUUGGAUUAAUAAAAAUUAUUCAUAAGUAUAAAGUCGAAAUUUGCGAUAAAACAUUAAUUCCUUAUAAAUUUAAUCCGUAUACACAUUUUUUGAUGCCUUUAACGGGUUUAUAUUUGAUGAUAACUGAGAUAGAGAAUUAACAUCUUUUUUUUAAAUUUAGAUUUUAUUAUUUAAUGUAUUAAUGUUUAAUAUGUUAUAAAAUGUAUUAUUUAUAUUAUUGUUAUUAAUUUA